UUCUCUCCCCUCCAGACAACAACAUACACCUUUGAGUAGAGGCGCGUCAGUGACACAAGCGCGGUCCAAUAAUUUGUCUGUCUGGUUACGGACAGAGAGCGUGAGAGCUUGUCGGGGCCCAAUCAGCGCUUUUGUAUUGCCUGCCAGUGCCGGGGACUGACUGGUUGUGAGUGUUUACUGCAGCGCCCCAGGAUCCCAAAGCCAAAACCGAAGCCAGUGGAACCUGCGGGGUGAAGGCGAGUCAGUCCAGUAUGGAGCGACUGAAUGAGGAGGCGAUGCGGCUGAGCCUGCUGAAGCGAGGCCUGGACUCCUCCUCGCCUGCAGGCGGCGCCACGAGCAGUGAGCGAGAUGAGCUGCUCUCCAAACGCAUCAAGAUGGAGGGCCACCAAGCCAUGGAGCGCCUCAAGAUGCUGGCCUAUCUGAAACGCAAGGACCUGGCCGGCCUGGAGGGGGGAGGAUUGGGAGGGGUCUCAGGAGCCGGGGCCCUAAGGGGUGAGGUCAAGGGUCAUGGGUCUUCAGGGGGAGGGGCUUAUGAGGAGAAGACCAAUGGGAGCCUCCGUGGUCAGGUUGUGGGAGCCCAUGGCAUGGUGGGAAAGAGCGGGAAGGAGAACAUGGGCGAGGAGCCAGUGGAUUUCAGCGCCCGGAAAGGUGACACGGACCGGGAGCGACACACACCCUCCCCUGAUGUGAUCGUCCUGUCAGACAAUGAGGCGUCCAGUCCAAGAGGGCCCAGCCAAGGGGAAGAACGCCUGAGGGCAGCGAACCUGGAGAUGUUUAAGGGUAAGACAGGGGAGGAGAGGCAAAAGAUGAUCAGGACUCUGAGAGAGGAGCUGAGGCUGGAGGAGGCCAGGCUGGUGCUCCUGAAGAAGCUGAGGCAGAGCCAGAUGCAGAAGGAGAACCUGGUGCAGAAGGUCCCUGUGGUCCAGAACACAGCAUCUGCCCUCCAGAGCGGUGCCGUCCACGGUGCUCAGAGCAUGAGCAAGAUGUCUGGCCGCCCUGGCCACCACACCCCAGAGCCCCAGAACCAUCGCACUGCACAGGUGGGCUACAGCAUUGCACAGGGUCACUCGGUGAUCAGGUCAGCCACCAACAGCUCCAUGUCUCAGAUGAUGAUGUCACAGAGCAGGGUGAUGGCGCCCAACCCUACCCAGCUGCAGGGCCAGAGGCUGGCACAGCAGAAGCAGGGUGGCAUGCGCUCCUCGACUGCCAGCUCUAACAACGCCAUUAGCUACCAGCAGUCUUCCACCCAGCAGGUGGCAGCUUCUCAGCGCUCUGGCUCCUCCUCCUCCUCUGCCAUCUACAUGAACCUGACCCAAAUGCAGGCGGCCGGAGCCGCGGGAGGAGUCAGCGGGGUGUCGGGGGUGGGGGCGGUCAGCCCCUCAGCCACACACAGCCCAGGGGGGACAUCGGUGGGCUCCUCCAUGGCAGACACAGCCAGCAGUCAGGCAGCUGCCAAACUUGCCCUGAGGAAGCAGUUGGAGAAAACCCUGCUGGAGAUCCCUCCUCCCAAGCCGCCAGCGCCGCUCCUCCACUUCCUGCCGUCAGCGGCCAACAGCGAGUUUAUCUACAUGGUGGGCCUGGAGGAGGUUGUGCAGAGUGUCAUUGACAGUCAGGGUAAACUGCGUUUGCCCUCCUCCAUGGAGCCCUUCUCGUGUGCCCAGUGCAAGACGGACUUCACCCCUCACUGGAAGCAGGAGAAGGGUGGGCGCAUACUUUGCGAGACCUGUAUGUCGUCCAAUCAGAAGAAGGCACUGAAGGCCGAGCACACCAAUAGGCUGAAGAACGCCUUCGUUAAGGCUCUACAGCAGGAGCAGGAGAUUGAGCAGAGAAUCCAGUUGCAAGCCGCUCUUGCCACCAGUUCAGCUCAAACUGUUCCAAGCGUCAGUAAGGCUGAGUCUAUGAGCAGACAUCACACACACAGACAGGCGCCUCAGCCCCAGGUGACCCAGUCACAGGCCUCCCUCCAACGGGGUCUGUCUGGCUCGGCCCGGGGCGUACUCUCCAACUUCGCCCAGGCCUCCCAGCUCUCGGUGGCCAGCAGCCUGCUGGGCAUGACUGGAAAGCGCAGUGGACAGCUGGGCACUAGUGGGCACAGCCGGGCACAGCAGCAGCAGCAGCAGCAGCAGCAUCACGACAACCGCCGCCAGCUCUACAGCAUCCCUGGGGUGAACAUUGCCUACCUGAACCCAGGCAAUGUGGUCGGUCACAAGGGGUCCAGCCUGGCUGACCGCCAGAGGGAAUACCUGCUGGACAUGAUCCCGCCUCGCUCCAUAUCCCAGUCCAUCAGCGGACAGAAAUGAACCUCACCCCGCCCCGACGCAAUACCACAACCCUUCCCCCACACCACACCUCAACCCCCAUCGCAUGCAGUGCCUGUUAGUGUGCCUACCAAACUAACCUGUAUGAAGAACACAAUCAACGAGUCAAAAGAGGCCACCAGACUCUGAAAUGACUUUUCAUUUGAACGUGAUGCAAACCCCUUUUAAUUCCUCUUGUUAUUAAUAUCGUCAUUAGUGCUAUGGAUGUUGUUACUACAUUGCCGCUACCAGUUAUGAGCGUGCCCAUCUUUGUGGAGAACCCCUGUCUUUAUAUGCUUGUGGCAGUGUCCCGAGUGUGGGGGUGUCUUUUGUUUUGGAUUUAUGUGCUUGUUUUUGAAGCAAUAUUUUGUCUCGCUUGAGCUUUCCUUACCAAACUCAAGUCUUUGUUAUGUCUGGAAUUACCAAGCUAUCUUUUUGAGAACUGCAGCACUCUGAAAUCCCUGCUCUUUCUCUGAUUUCUGAAUUCAACCAUCACCCUGUUUUUCCACAUUUGGCUGUGAAUUAUUGGAAGAGAAAUUCUACCAGACCGGCCAAACCUUUGUUUUAAAAAGGUGAUUGUGAUGGUUUAACUUUGACCUGACUCUCUCAAGCCUUUGAGCUUGAGCUUUCUUCAAAGAUUUGUGGGGAGAAAAGAGGAUGAUUGAGACCCUGGGGUUGUCUGAAACAAUGCCUUUCUAACUGAUUGUUGAAACAAGGAUGGAUACAUAUCCCACAAAGAGAGACAGCCCAAUGCACCAUCUGGACUUGGAUUGGAUGCACCGCUGAAAAAAUACUACUCCCAUUGGAUAUGAAGGCACAGAAACUGAACCUAUAGCAGAGUUGCCCUGUAUCCUUUCACCUUUUCAUCUGAGGCAGCCUGGGGGCUGUAGUUCAGAAGUGAUGGAAUUGAGGAGUUAGUAUCCUAAAGCAUAUAUAAUUGAUGGGGUAUUGAUUGGAGAGAUCGUUUAGAGGGAUUUGAUUGGAUGAGAGCGCAUGUGAACAUACUGAGAGAUCAGGUGAAUAAGGUUUUUAUUUAAUUGGAGAGGAUACAGGUAUUGGAUUUGGUGGGAGGGAUCAUCCUUAGACUCAAAAUCUAAGGCGUUUCCCAUAGGACCAUGGUGUGUACUUAUUUAGGAGUGGGAAUGGGGGGGAAGAGACACAGGGGUUCCCUCCCCUGUUUUCAUCUCUUAGCUAAUAGGAUUUGCUAUUGUUCACUCUACCCUGUCAUUCAAAGUUAUGGAUUCCGUUUAGAUGCUAUUUGAACUUUCUUAUGUCAACAUUAUCCCCAUGGUGUCUGGGAGGCAUUUGAAAACGGUCAGGGAGAGUGGCUAGCUCGCUAUUAGCUUUAAACCUGCUCUAAGCUAUUUAGCCUGCUCUAAGCUAUUUAGAUGUUUUGUGUCUUCUGAAGUGUUUGCGUAUCUGAAAGGUACUUUGAACAGGAGACAAUAAAUAAAUACAGAAUGACAAAUGCAACUUGAAUAUCUACAUAAAUCAAACAGUUCUAUAGAAAGAGAUAUUUACAGGAUAUACAGUACCAGUCAAAGGUUUGGACAUACCUACUCAUUCAAGGGUUUUUCUUUAUUUUUACUAUUUCCUUGUAAAAAUAAAGAAAAAGACUAUGAAACAACACAAUGGAACCAUGUAGUAA